GGAUGAGAUGAAAAUUUAGUUUUGGCAUAUUUGAUGCACACGACGAGAAUUUUUUUUUCAAUUUUACUUUUUGCUUGUAAAAGUCGAAAGAUUGUUCUUUUCGCUUCAGGAAGAAUUCAAUGAUACGUAAAACUAGCGGAACAGCAUUAUUGUUGAUGAAUUUGCAGGUAUAUUUUUUGUAAUUGGAAGAGGAAACGUUCAGAAAAGAUUUAUUAGUAGGCUCAAGGCUGUAAGUAUGGGAUAGAUAAAUUUCGACUUAGUGUUAAGAAUUGCGAUUAUUCAUUCCGUUUGCAGUUGGCAAGAUCCCAGCCUUGUCCUUUAGAUUGCUUCAAAUUGAGAUUUGCAGAAAUGCCUAGGUUUCCGACGCUCUCGGAGCUUCUAGAAGCGGCCAAAACGAAAAACUUAUUUUCUCCUCAUCACCAGCAGCGGAGAAAGCCAUGGCAGCUUUCAUUUUUUAAUGCGAAAUUUUCUGGUGCAGAUAUUAGUCAGCCAGAUAAGGGUUUGAACUUUCGGCUUUCUCAGCGGCUUAAUUGCGGAAGAAAUGGAAAAUCUGUACAGCCCAAUCCGAUUUUGCAAAAGAGCUUCAGUAAUGCCAGUGGUGAAGACAAUCUGGACGCUAUGGUUCACGAUUUCAUCGAGAACGGCAGCGCAGAGCAGGAUUUGCACUGUCAUGAGCUUGAUAAUGAAGAAUUAACCUCUGCCGAAAGCAAUCUAAAGGUUCUGCUGUCACAAAGCUCUGAAGAGCAAGAUCUUUAUCUUGCAACGGCGUCCAUAAUCUCCACGUUUAGUGUCGCCUCCAUUGAUCUACCCGGUCAUGGGAGCGGCUGCAACGGCACCUGCAUACGCCGUCUUUUAAUAAAGCAUCUCAAGAUUGCAGGAUAUAAUGCUGCUCUUUGCAAGGUGAAAUGGCACAGCAUAGACAAAGUACCGGGCGGCUGUUAUGAAUUCAUAGACGUCUUACUUCCAUCAGAUGACGUGAACAAUCACCAGCGCGUGAUAAUUGACAUAGAUUUUCAGUCUCAAUUCACAAUAGCAAGGCCUGUUUCUCAGUAUGAGGCGAUUUUGAGGCUGAUUCCUUUGAUCUUUGUAGGCUCCUCCACAAAAUUGGAGCAAAUAUUACAGUUUAUGGCCGAGGCUGCAAAAGUUUCGUUAAAACAGAGCUCUUUGAUUGUUCCACCAUGGAGAAAGUUGGAAUACAUACGCGCUAAAUGGUUUUCGGCUUACAGAAGAAUUAUUUGCUCUGAUGAAUCUUCAGUUUCAAUCCAAAAGAACGAUUGUGAGUACUGCAGACAGCAUUUGCAGAAUCUCAAGACGUUAUUGUGCACAGAUGAGGACAGAUAAGGUUGAAGAAAUUUUUCCGAGCUUUCAAAAUAGACAGCAGGUUUCGAUCAGGAAACCCGUUUUCCGAACAGAAGCAAAAUAUUUCCAUUUUUCUUGUGAGCCUUGGCUUCGAGAAAGCCGUACGAAGUUUUCAAAUGUGACUUCUUCGAUUAUAUUCAUUCCAACGCGUAUUGAUUUGAUCAAACGCGUAUUGAUGUGAAGGCAAUAAAUAAAUUGAAUCUUGUGUUGAAUAAAAAUUCAAAAUAAAUGAUUUUUUUUUUUUUCUUUA